CGACAUGAGUUAAGCUUCAACUGUUAUCAAAAAAUUAUGGCGAUGAAGUCUAACACCGACCAUUCUGGUAGCUGCAAAGUAAAAAGAUGGUUAGUCUAGUUUUUUAAUUUGCCCAUUGCGGAACAACAAAGUUUUCUUCGGUAGAAGUGGUGCAGUUUGUCAAUUGUGAAGGUAGAAGAAGUCAGGAGCCAACCGCAAUGAGACCCUUCCUAGCAGCUGAUAAAUUAAUAAUCAUUUUAGCAGGCAUUUGCGCGACCGUUGCCUUGCAGACACAUUGGGAGUAUCCUGAUCGAGUAAAUAAUGGAACUGAGCCAAGUUGGGGAGGAAAAUGUGAUGCCGGUAAACGCCAGAGUCCCAUUGACCUAUACACCACAUCCUCUUUCAAAGGCGAAUUUCACAAAUUUGAAUUUAAAAACUAUGACGUCAGCCUCCGGGGAACCACCUUCGUCAACACUGGACAUUCAGUCCAAGUUAUCAUUCCCGAAGAUAAGCAAAUUGAAGUGAGUGGUGGCGGGCUUCCGGGGACUUACAUUUUCGAGCAGAUGCACUGGCACUGGUGGUCGGAACAUACGAUUGACGGUCUCAGAUACCCACUAGAAAUCCAUUUGGUGCAUCGAAACACAAAAUACGCAAAUGUUAGCGAAGCGGUUCAGUACAAAAACGGCGUGGCUGUCUUUGGCGUUUUAUUCCACAUCACAGAUGACAUUUACGAGCCUUUGACCGACGUCCUGAACGGGCUACCUUCAAUUGAAGAUAAAGUUGGCAGCACAACUACUCUGGCCAAUGACAUUACCACUGCAGAUUUCCUCCCAGCCGACACAAAAAAAUACUUCCGAUACGAAGGUUCGCUAACCACGCCUGACUGCGAUGAAGCCGUUGUGUGGACAGUAUUUGAAGAUACAAUUCCCGUCACCAUCGAACAGGUUGAAGAAUUCAAGUACGUGAGGAAGGACGACGGGGCAUUUUUAGAAAGCAAUUAUAGGAGUAUCCAGGCAUCUUACAAUAGGGCAAUCAUAUAUGUCGAUAGAGAAUUGGAAGAAAGAAAUUCCCAAGUUCAGCUCAGUACCUGUUCGAUCCCAAUAACGAUACUGGCCGUACUUUUAGUAUUAAGAAGCAGACUGGAUUAGGGGAGAAUAAAAGCUUCCAAUAAAAAGAAAAAUUAAAUUAAAAAUACACGAAGAUAUUUUAUAAGAGAAUUUAGACUAAUAAAAUUUUUAUACAGAUUA